AUGCUGCUGUGCACGUCGUCGCCGCGGCGGGCCCUGCCGCGUCCGCCGACGACGGUGACGGCGCCGGACGGGUCCAUAGUCGCGACGCCCUUGUCGCCGCGGCCCAGGGACAAUAGCAGCAGCAACAAGGCCAGAAUGCCGAGCCCGUGUUCCGUGGAGCGCAAGCUGUCCGCGUCGAGCUCGUCGUACUCGAUGGCGCCGUCGGUGUCGGUCGCGGGGGGCUCGCCGUCGAGGUGUCCGACAUCGCGCUCUGCGCGCGAGCAGCAGUAUCCGCAAACGCUGGGCAACACCAUCGCCGAGCUGCGCCGGAUGAACAGCAUGGUGAGCUCGUACAGCGCCGCGUCUGUUGCGUCGACGGCCGUGGGCGGCGGCGUCGACAUGGCCGACUCGCCGACGCUGCCCAGCCUCUUCAGCGGCGGCGUGGCGGCGGCGGCGGCGGCGGCCAUGUCUCAGGCGCAGGGGCGGCCGAUGCCGCGACCCAGCGCCAUCGGGAGCCGGCACUACCUCAACAUCGGCAACAGCCCGCCCAAGCACCGGCCCCACCACCACCGCAAGUCCGCCUCGGCCGACGGCCGCUCCGCCGCCACCGCCGCCGCCCGCCCCAGCAGCGAUCGGGACCGGCUCCUGCUGCAGCACCAGCAGCGCCGGGACAGCCUCGGCAAGGAGCAGCAGCACGGCAAGGAGAACCAAGGCCUCGAGGUGCUCAAGGCGCCGCGGGUCGACGGGGGCCCGCCUCCGGUGCCGGGCCUGAAGAACCCCCGUCGCAGCGCGAACCGCGAGAUGCGGGUCCCGCUGCCGGGCUCGUGCACCGUGCCGCUGUCGCCAGCCACCGUCUCCGCCUCUGCCGCCCCUGCCGCCCCCGCCGCCCCCGCCGGCAUCAGGCAGAAGCUCGUCCCCGGGCCGGUUAAGAACCUGGCCGUCGCGUUUGAGAAGCGCAUCGCCGACGGCCGCCAAGGCCGCGUCGAUGGCCUCGGCCGCCGCGAGCGGGACGGCUCCCCUGCCACGCUCUCGUCUGACGGAGAGUCUCGGAAGCGGUGCCCGAGGAUGUGA